UUCCUUUGGUUUCGAGAAUACUUCCAUCAGACAUCUGUAGAAUACACAAAAGUGGUGCUUCGAUAAGAAUGGACACGACUUUAGUGGAUUUCAAUGACAUGAGAUGGGAAAGGGGAGACAUAUCCUUUAUAUUCAAUGGAGACCAAAAACCUAGCAAGUCACUUACCGUUCUCGACAAUAAGGCCAAACUCUUUCAAAGAGUCAGAUACGAGGAGACUGAAUUGGAAAUUGAAGACGAAGUAGAUAUCCUUAUGUCUAGUGAUAUAAUGGCAGCUCAAAUGUCGACUAAAAGCAUAACGUUUUCGAGGGCGCAAACGGGAUGGAUAUUCAGAGAAGAUAGAAGGGAAUUGGUGGGGCCAUUUCAUGCUGACUUUUACCAAAUUAAUGGCAUGGUAUUAGAGAGUCGAAAAAGGCGAGAACAUCUUAGCGAAGAAGAUCUACAGAAAAAUAAGGCCAUUAUGGAGUCCCUUACUAAAGGCAGUUCUCAAGGUUUCACGAAUGGAGAG